AAAUAACAUGCAGAUACUUGAAAUACGAUGGGCACAUAGUUUAAAGGAAUCUAGCUGGAAACAGAUCGAAGCAUGAAUCUAAAGCUUAGCACUCGGUGUGUUUUUUUGGCAACGUUGCUUGUAUGUAUCGUCUUGGUUCAAGGAUACUGGAAAACUCCAGAGGAGGGUCCCACCUGUAAGGUUGAUACAUGUAGAGAAUCUGAUGCUACGUGCGAAUGCUCUCUCACCAUUGAUCACAGGUUGACAAUGACAACAAAAGAUCCUUUACUAGUUGUUCCAUCUGGUGGUAAGCUUUACUACUAUAACGAUACAAACAGACUCAACCCUUUGUCAGAUUCCGUCACCAGUGACAUUAUAACGACAGAUGGAUAUGGAUCCCGCCUUGUCAUAGCAAUUAAUGAUAAAUUUCCUGGACCAACCAUAGAAGCUUACGAAAACCAGCAAAUGAUAAUCCAUGUUAGAAACUUGAUGCAUACUGAUUCGACAACGUUACAUUUUCACGGGAUGCAUCAGCGUGGGACACCGCAUGCUGAUGGUGUAGCCUUUAUAAGCCAGUGUCCAAUUUUGCCCGGACAAACGUUUACCCACAGAUUCAGUGCGAUCCCACCUGGAUCCAGUUUCUAUCAUGCACACAUAGGAGACCAGCGUAGCAUGGGUUUGUAUGGAGGGCUUAUCAUUUAUCCCCGGUCUAAAUCCUUUUCUCAACCACAAGUUGGAUUCACCGUUCUCUUGCAGGAUUGGAAUCACAACGAUGAACCUGAAACUUUGUAUCAGCGCAUGCUCAACGGGAUUUACAAUUUUCAAAACAAUCCACCGACUCGAAUUGAAACUACACAGUCCGUUGAUGGCGCUAAUUUUAGUCGAUUUCAUUUUCACUCAGGUCUUAUCAAUGGUAAAGGAAGAUUUUAUUCACGGAGUCCACUCUCGUCUUCCGAGCCUAGACACAAUGAGGCCCCUCUUGAAAUUUUUCCCGUAAAGCCACAGACAUAUUACAGAUUUCGAGUGAUAAGUGCAGCAACUCUUUACCCUUUCCGUGUUUAUGUUCAAGAUCAUCCGGAGAUUACAAUUGUAGCAUCUGAUGGAUUUGAGAUUGUCAAAGGAAUUGGGGAGGAAAGUCAGGCAAUCACUGUAGAAUCGUUUAUCAUUCAUCCUGGAGAGCGAUUUGAUUUUUUAUUGUACACAGGAAAGACUGUCAACUCGUAUCUUCUAGUUGCAGAGAGUAUUGAAGUCCUACCGAGCAAUUUAUAUGAAUAUCAUGCUGCAGAGGCAAUAAUUGAAUACGAAACGUCCACCUCUUCAUACAUUAAAUCACGAGCAAUCGAUCAGACACAUUGUACCAGUGGAACACCAUGUGUAACAUUCAACUGUCCAUAUCUGUAUUACCCCGCCAAUGAGUACAGACAGUGUCUGCCUUAUGAUGUAGCAAACAGCAACGAAUCAAAUCCAACGUAUAGUGAAGUUGCAAUUGUUUCUGAAACGCUGUUUUUUAAUUUUGCCUUUCCUGGAGAAUCAGGGAAUACUCCUGGUUCGGUUAAUGGACAUGCAUUUGUUCCGCCUGUGGCACCUAUACUCACGGAAUCAAACAAGGAACUGCGAACAGAAUGCGAUGACUCGAAAUGUCGCAUUGACUCUGUCUGCGCUUGCACAUAUUCCGUUAAUCUUGACUUUGGGAAGGUAUAUCAGUUUGUAAUGACAAAUAUUGGUAGUGGUCAAGGAUGGUCGCAUCCAGUUCAUCUUCAUGGUCACUAUUUUUUCGUGUACAAAAUGGGAUUUGGAGAAUAUGAUCAGACUACAGCCAAAUUUAUUGCUGAAACAGAUGACAUUGAAUGCAUGAAAACUAGCACUACAAAUUAUUGUAAUUCUGCUAAGUGGAGAAAUCAAACUUGGGGCAGCAAUGUUCCUGGUUCAAAAACAAUUUCCCCUCCAAAAAAAGACACCAUAAUAAUUCCAACGGGAGGAUACGUCGUUGUCCGAUUUAAAGCAAAUAAUCCCGGAGCCUGGUUCUUUCACUGUCACAUUGACCUUCACAAUACCAAUGGAAUGGGAAUGGUUCUUCUGGAGGCGUCAAACAAUUACCCAUCAGCUCCAUCUGGAUUCCCGAAAUGUGGGUUCUUUGGAGAAAGUCAAAACGGAAAUCCAUCCAUACGUUCAAGCCAUGUAAUGGAUUUGGUGUUGCUGUCGUCCGUGACAAUCGGAAGACUUAUGGGCAGAAUGUACAUGUAAACUCUAGUUGGUAAAAUUGUAUGAGUUGUUAAUUGGCUAUCAUAUCAAGGUUGUGCAGCAGUCAAGUAAAUAUAACCAUACAGGGUUGGAUAAUUAUGAAUAUGAUAUAUCUGGAAAGUAGCAACGGUAGCAUAUCUUCUGUGCUUGCAUUGUUAUAUAUACAUGUAAUCAGUUACUGGAGGGCUCUCCACUUCAUAAAUUUCACCAUGCACAGUAUAGUUAGGGUGGACAAUGGAAAUUUCGUCGAAAAUAUAUAAAUCAUUUAUUAGGACAGAUGGAACAUUACUGAUAUUGGAUCAAGUUAUGAUGGACUAAAAUACAUGUACAUAUUCAGGGCAAUUAUAUUUAUAUUUAGAAUGAUCACGUGAUUUGACGUCACUUGGUUUUAACAAAUAUACCCUCGAUAUUGAGUUCAUGAAUAAAUGUAGAUAUUGCAUGGUGAUGAUGUUGAAAUUCAAACUUUUACUUUUAAACAACCUUUGAAGUCUAUGAAAACCACUAAGGAGUUUUAUCUAUUCCGAUUUAUGAUUGUUGACAUGGUAUUGAAUUGAUGUUUAAAUUUCUUAUGGGUCAGCUGCAUUUUAAUUUAAGAUAAGUUAUUUCUAAGAUUCAUUAGGUCUGCAGCACUUUUCAAAUAGCUCAAUAUUUCUUUGGUUCAUUUAAAAAAAACCUAUUGUGAUGCAUUGAGGAAAUGUCAUUGCAAUAAAUCGAUUUGUAACAUCCAAUCAUCUGUCCCCUUCUCAAUAAAUAAAGCACUAAUGCUUUCCUACAGGAUAAAUCAAAAAUGUUUUGUGACUCUAUAAGAGAGGCAUUGCUAUCAAAUUAAUAGUCUGCAAACAUUUUUUUAUUCAAUUGUAAUUUUUAUUCAAAAGAUUAAAUAAAAAGAAAAAUAAGAAUAAUAAGAAAAAAACCCAGUUGAUCUGUUGCUUACUGCAAAUGAUAUGCGUCAGACUAUCAUGAUGACGUCAGGAUGACAAGUAAAUACUGAUAACAUUUUGGUUAUAUCUCAAGGUGUUAGAUUACAUUAAGGACAAAAACUCGUUUAAUGUUAAGUUUUUCUGCAGUGUCAUACUUUCGUGCACUUUAGAAACAUUGAUUAUUUUGUUUCAUGGUAUUUUGAAUUGUUGUGAUUUUUUGCUGUUUUUUUAUUUAAUGUCAUAAUAUACAUUUCUGUAUAUAUUACGGCACGCCUCCUUACUUGAAUCUUAACUGUACUGCGUGGGGGAAACUGCAUGCAAGUGAAAGCACGAAUGCGUGUUUGACCUUCUAGUUUUAUUUAAUCAAUUUUUGGUAAUAUUAACAACAGAUCAUAUUUGUGUAUUGAUCAUUUACAAAGUACACUAUGUAAUCAAGUAUAUUUGUACCUAAUUUACAAGUACGUUUAACAGCAAUUUCCAUUCUCCUGUUAUGAAUGAUUGACCAUAAGUCAGAAUCUCAACCGAAAUGAAGUUAAAAGAGAUUCAUUGUACAAGCGCAUUCAUCAAUACAUCAAUAUGCAUUAGAUGAAAUUCUGACUAGUCAUAUUUUAAAUAUAUAUAGUUUAAAGAUCUGUAUAGGAAUUACAUAUCCCAGGGCCCUCACAAAUAAUCUUUAGUUGAAGCAUUUCAACAUUUUAAAGAUGGUCCACGCACACACCAAUUUAACCAUGGCGGGCCUCCGUGACAAACCAACUGAACACUGAAGGGUUUCUAUCAGCGACAGAAAGAAAAAAAGAACCACGUUUUAAUGUUGUAUGACACUGACAGAAAUUUGGUAUCUAAAUCGAUGAAUAUUUACAGAAUCACAAGCAAUUCUUGCGUUUGAGAAGGAAAAAGAACUGAAAAAUAGAAAACAAUAUAGUUGUCUGAACAUUUUUCUGUAUAUAAUUAGUAGUUUUUAAACCUUUAAGUUUUUAUGGUUUAGUAUUUGCAAUGUUAAAAUGUGACGUAAAAACGUAAAAAUGUAAAAAAAAAAAAAAAAAAAAAAAAAAAAAAAAAAAAAAAGCCAAUCAGAUUAUAAUAUGUUAAGAAAUCAGAUCAGGAGUAAAGGCCAAUCAACCUGAGACAAAGGUUGUAAAUACAUUCUGAUCCCCUGUUUACAUGCUUCUCUGACAGUGAACCAGCUGUGAUAAGUCUAACGGCUAUGUCGAAAUGCAAACAGACAUUAUUAAGCAUCUACUCGGUAUCUGGGCAUGGUUCUGUGUGUAUCUAGGUUUUACUUAUAGUAUAUUAGAGAAUCUCUAGUAAUAGUAUCCGUGUUACUUUUGCAUAGUGUUUGGAAAUAAUGGUGGCGCUAAGAUACCUUAGGAGAAUAACAGAAAUGUUAGUUAGCUAUACUCAGUAGGUCUUAAUUUGGUUUUUGUUACCUUACAGUUACUUGUUGAUAUAUUGUUGCUUUGGUGUUCUUUGAAUCAUUAUCCAGAAAAGACCAAGGAUAUAUAUACUGACUAGAUCUUAAGAAGUAGUAUGAUAUGUUUUGUGAUUUUGUAAAGACAGAAUUUGUUGUUGUUCUGAUAUUGCCUGCAGUCAUUGGUGUAAAUUUUGUUGUGAUUGCUUGAUUUUUAGGAAGGAAACCAAAGCGGACAUGAUGAAAACUAUUGUAAUCAAAAUGAGUUAUUUGAUUAUGGAAUUUCUUACAUACAUACAUGUAUACAGUUAAAAUUGAAUACCGGAAUACGGUGUAAAAGAACUAACUUAAUGACUUUGAACAUGGUGAACAAGUCGCAUCCUCUCGUAGGGCUCUCUAAGUACAUUAUAAUACAUUCACCAAUGUUUUGUCCAAAAAAAUCGUUUGUUAGUUCCAUACUUACGGUGCAAAGAAAUUUUAGGUGAAAAGUUAUUCACAUCAUAACAAUCUAAUGUAAAAUGUCUGACGUAAAGAGUUUGAAUGCACCUAAUUUUCAGUUUACAUUGCUCGACUUACUUAGUGUGUCAUAUAAGUUCAUAUUUAACGAUGUUUUCCAUGUCAUGAAGGGUCUCAUAUUGCUUUGUAGAUGGCGUAUAAUAUAAUAUUUGUUGUUGUGCUUUUUUAGUAUUCAAUACAUGUACUAUUUUCCAGUAUAAUAAACGUGGUAUUCUUCAA